AUGGCGGGCGUAAUGGAUCACUUUGGUCCGUUUGUAAGUUUCAACACGAUGACUCGCUUUAGAGGUAUUAUGGCUUGUUUGGUUCUUUCAGUAGCCUAUGUUGCAAGCUUGUAUGUUUUGAAAUCGCCUUAUCCCAGGGAUCAUCCUAAAACCAUCAAGCAAAGAUUCAGAAGUGUCUUUUUCAUAUCUUUGUUGGCUCCACUAUAUGUUUGGCUGUGGGCUGAUGGAUCUUUAGAUUACAAUGGUAUCUCCCUUUGGAAAUAUUUAGGGAUUCAUGUGGAAAAUAUAAUUAUAUCAAUUAUUUUUCCUUUGGUUUUAACAGUGAUUUUAUUUUUAGGACCCAUUACAUUGCUUUAUUUCAGUGGGGACUCUGAGAAUGUGAAAGGCUUUCUUGAAUAUCCAUCCAGUUGGGUUAAUGCCAUUAACUUGAGGAACUACCUUGUGGCCCCCCUCACAGAAGAGCUUGUAUACAGAGCAUGUCUUAUUCCUCUGUUGGUUCCUGGAUUUGGAAAUGUGAUGCCAAUUUUUAUUUCUCCAUUAUUCUUUGGAGUAGCUCAUAUUCACCAUGUAAUUGAGAGAUUGCAACAAGGAGAGAACCCUAAAGAUGUAUGGUCAACUGCAAUUUUUCAGUUUGGUUACACAACGGUCUUUGGAGGCUAUACAGCUUUCUUGUUUUUAAGAACUGGUCAUCUAAUUGGUCCAGUUCUGUGCCAUAGUUUUUGUAAUUUCAUGGGAUUUCCACCUCUUGAUCAAGUACCAAGCUCCAAGUAUCCACGAAUCAUAAGCGUGUCAUUUGUGGCCGGACUGGUGAUGUUUCUCAUCUUGGCUGUACCACUAACAAAUCCAGCUUGGUACAAUUCUGUAUAUUAUUCCUUACAAGCUAAUGAUGUAAAAGAAUAACUUCCAAACAAGUCACUUCUAACAAAAAGAUCCCGAAGACGUCUGUACGUGGAAUCAAUCGCAAUAACAAAAAUUUUAAAGUUUAUUUAGAUCAUUUCUUUCUAUUAACUCACCUACAGUAACAUGCAAUUCUGCCCGUAACAGAAUUCUAGUUUGAAGUAAAUAUUUCUUGAAAAUUCAAAUAUUUAAUGACCCCGAUGAUCGAGGUAAUUUAGUCACUUUACACACAGAUAUGAUCGUAAUUAGUUUUUGCUAUUUUCUCAGAAAAAGGGUAAAUAUUAUGAAGAAGGAAAUGUUAAUAAAUAAGAUGAUCGAACGAAAAUUAGCAGUUGAGAAAUCAGCUGUCUCGUGCUAUAUUUAUGUACAAACAAGGCAUACAAAGAGCUUCGUGCAGAUUUAUUUCCAAACGUAAUUCACUUUAUGGUAACACUGAUGCACAAAUAAAAGUAACGUCAGAUUUCAA